GUGCAUUUACAAGAUUUUGCUACAAUCAAUGUUGAUUUUCUACACUCUGAAGUAUACAGAAGCUAAUUUGAGUGCUGAUGAUGUGUAUUCCAUGCUAGCUGUUAAAAUAGAUACAAUUAACAGUGAAAUGUCCUUGUUACGUGGUGUUCUAAUGUCAACCAAAUCAGAACUGACAUCAACCAAAGCUGAACUGACAUCAACCAAGUCAGAACUGACAUCAACCAAAGCUGAACUGACAUUUACUCAGACAAAGCUAAAAUCAACUCAGGCAGAAGUUGAUGUGAUAAAAUCACAAUGCGGACUUGUUACAGGAAUCUCCACAAAUACAACGCCUCCAAUUACUCCACCUGGAAACUCUACAACAUGUUGUCAAGUUGUUGAGAAUGCAAUUGUGAGAAUGAAAGCAGAACAGAACCAGGCAAAACAGGAUAUAGAAAACUUGAUAGAGAAAAAAGUGACUGAAGUAAAUGAAGAUAUUGCAAGAAAUAGCGAGGGGUUGGUAUCCAUGGGAACUAAUAUAGACAAACUGGCUGUAGACUUUGUUAGCUUCAGGAACAUCACUGAAAUACAGCAGACAGAGCACUGUCAAUCAGGAUAUGAAAGCAUUUGGAAACGCAACACUCCAUUUCCAUAUACAUACACAAUAAAUUUCAAGAGGCCAUUUAGAAACACACCUGCAUUUACCAUUGGAACUUCAAAGUUUGACUUCUAUCAUGGCAGAAAUUUGCGACUAUCACUUGUUGUGAAAGAGAUAUCUGCCACCCAAGCCAAAGUACAUGGAAGCAUAUGGUCAGAUACAAUAGCAUAUGGGGCAGGUUUUCAUUGGAUGGCUUGUCCAACAUAAUACAGCAUACACAUCACUACUGACAGUAUUUCUGCAAUGAAGACUUGUAUUCUGCUUCAUAAUAUAUGUAUGUCCUAAAAGCCUAUAUGUCUUAUAAACAUAUAGAUGUGAUAAGUCUGUAUGUCUAAAAAGUCUAAACUUUUGACUGACUCCAAAUCAUUAUUAUCAUAUCAUUAUGGUUAACAUUUCUGCCAGGUUUUAAUUUCCUUCCAACACUCCAAAAUACAGACAAGACACGAAAACUGCUAACAGACGGACAGACAGAUAACCAGGUGCAUAACAUUUUACUGUUUACACCAAAAUUUAUUUGGGCAUAUAAAAAGGUAAACACAGUUUAUAUAUAACAAGAACCGGUUGAACCGGGUGAUGCCCCCGAGAAGGUUUUGGACACAGGAAAGAAUAAAAAAAUGAACAAAGUGCAAAAACUCCAAAAUAACGCAAGGUGAUGUUAUGUUUUUUUGCACUGCACUUCUAUUCAAAGAGAUCUAUCUAUCUAUAAAGUUUUCUGAUGAUAUCUCUUAUAGUUUCAGAGUUAUGUCCCGGGUAAAAUUCAUAGUGUAGAAAUGAACAAAGGGCAAUAACUUCAAAAUAAGGCAAGGCAGAGUUAUGAUUUUCUAGCACUGUACUUCUACCCAAUGAUACCUAUCUAUCUACAAAGUUUCAUGUUGAUAUCUCUUAUAAUUUUAGAGUAAUGUCCUGGACAAAGUUCAAAGUGUAAAAAUGAACAAAGGGCAAUAAUUCAAGUAUUAGGCAAGGCAGGGUAACAGUUCUUGUGCACUGCACACCUACUCAAUAAUAUCUAUCUACCUACAAAGUUUCAUGUUGAUACCUCUUAUUGUUUUAGAGUUAUGUCCCGGACAAAGUUCAAAGUGUAAAAAUAAACAAAGGGCAAUAAUUCAAAAAUUAGGCAAGGCAGAGUUAUGGUUCUUGUGCUAUGCACACCUACACAAAGUUUCAUGUUGAUACCUCUUGUUGUUUCAAAGUUAUGUCCGGGACAAGAAAAGCGGACGGAUGGGCGGACGUACCAAUUUUUCAGGUUUAUGAGCUAUUUCUAUUGUUCUUUUCUUUUGUUUCCUUGUGGGCUAACUAUUGUUUACUUAUGAGCUAACUAUUAUUUACGGAAUGAAGUCCUUUGAUCUCUUUUGUCCAAGUGUACCGUUAGUUAGCUCAUAUACCUAAAGUGUUUGUGCUGAGGAACGGACGGACGGACAGACCUACGAAAUGGUACUUUGUGACUUUUCCUUUGAUCUUUUUAGCCAUUUUUAGUCACACAAGGCUUACAAAAAGACACACAAGUAAAAACGGAAUGAAUAGGAUCAAAGAGAAUUUACUGUUACCGAUUGUUCUCCUAGUCACACAAGUACCUCUUGGUUUGUACGGACAGACGGACGGACGGACAAGGCGGCAACCAUAUGCUCCCCCGAAAUUUUUCAGGGAGCAUAAAAAUAUCCAAUUUAAAAGAACAUGGUUAUUUUUUCAAAGAUCAAAGAAUGCUUUGCUACAUAAAACAUUUUACUCAUCAUUUUGGGUGUAAUUUCGAUAAAAAUACCUCAAAAUGAGGUUGCUAGAACUUUAACCAAAUAUCUAUUUGAGUGUUUUCUUUCAUGAGGAGACACAUCUUGAGUGAUUUCUCUACCAUAUAGUUCAUGUUGACCAACUUAUUUGAGCAUGUAACAUUGUCAACACAAUCUCACCUUAGGUUCAACGCAAAUAAAAUAGUCCAAAUAUCUUGGUUAAAAAUAAAAUACAUUUAUUCAAAUUAUUACAAUUAAUUCAAGUGAUUUCAUGAAACACAUACAUGUAUUUAAUAACAAUGGUAUUAACAUAAAACUCUUGCGUUAAAAUAAUAACAAAAUUUGCUACAAAUAAAUGUAC